UGCAACCGCCGUCCUAGUUGCUCAAUGCGGAGAGCCUAGAGGUAUUGCCUGGGCGGCCGCCGGCCUCGAGCCACAAGAAGACAAACAUAAAGGGAGCAAGAAAAGGCGCUCCUUUCUGCCCUGCCAUUCAGGUUUCAACAGGAAAGUAUCCUAGCGGACAUACGUGGCUCAUUGGUCUUGGAUAAGAUAGUUUGCAAAUCUCCCUGCCCACUCUCUCUUGAUCUGAACUGAUAUUGUGCGGAUCCUGGGUUUGUUCUUAGAUUGUGAAAGGAGCGCUGCGGACAUACGCAGCUAGGAGUUGAUUACUUUCGUAUUCUAAGGCGGUCGCCAUGGCUGCGUCUGGCCAGAGUGUGGUUGUGCCUCGCAAUUUCAGACUGCUAGAGGAGUUGGAAAAGGGAGAGAAAGGGUUUGGCGAUGGAAAUGUCAGUUACGGAAUGGACGACGGGGACGACCUUUUCAUGCGCUCGUGGACAGGCACCAUCAUUGGGCCGAACAAUACAGCACACGAGGGGCGGAUCUACUCCCUUAAGCUUUAUUGCGAUAAAGACUAUCCCGAGGCUCCCCCCCGGGUCAAGUUCGUUAGUCGAAUCAACUUGUCGGUUGUGAGGGCAGAGGACGGAGUGCCGAAUCAACAUGUCGUGCGUGAAUCAGGAGAACGGGAAGGUAGACCCCCGACACUUUAG